CCGCCGAACAGCGCCACAGCGCACCGUGCCGGGGCUGAAAUCACUGCGCUGUGGGGACUGCGUGCGUAAAGUUGCAUUUACGCGCGCCCUGCGUCUCCCGUGCAGCCGGUUUCAGGGGUUUAAGCUUAUCUCCUCGUGCUCGAGGAACAGGCACUGUCUCUGGCUCGGCUAGUGUGCUACAGCCUCUCUGGACUUUGGUGAUGCAAAUGAGACGCAAUCGAUUUCCUCACAUCAGGAAUAUUGGUGCUGGAUUCUGUUGCAGUGAGUGACCAUUUUUGGAGAUUUGACAUGGGCUGCUCCAGUGCAGACAGCUCUAUUCUGGAAGUCUGACUACUCCUGUCCUGGAUUUAGAGCUCCCAGGAUCUUGCACAGAUAUGGACCCCAGAGGCUGGAAAAGAAACUAGGGCUGGAUAUAGUUGUGAGAAGAUCUUUUUUUUGUCCCUUUUUGACCCAGGAGAGUAGGCCAAACUUAGAAAGGGGGUCUGAUGAGUGCAGCGGGGACAGCAGCUGGCUUCCAUAGUGGGGCACGCCAGCGAGACUUCAUGAUGGAGCAGAAAGUCAAUAAGCUCACCUCUGGCUUCCAGCGCAGCUCCACAUCUGACGACGACUCCGGCUGUGCGCUGGAGGAGUAUGCCUGGGUACCACCUGGCCUUCGGCCUGAGCAGGUCCAGUUAUAUUUCUCCUGCCUUCCUGAGGAGAAGAUUCCCUACGUGAACAGUCCGGGAGAGAAAUUCAGAAUUAAGCAGCUCCUGUACCAGCUGCCACCACAUGAUAAUGAGGUUCGCUAUUGCCAGUCGCUCACCGAGGAGGAGAAGAAGGAGCUCCACAUGUUUAGUAUCCAGAGGAAGAAGGAAGCAUUGGGAAGGGGAACAGUCAAACUGUUACCCCGCAAUCUUCUGAACAACAUCUGUGAGCUUUGUAGCGAAAACAUCAACGGCGGAGAAAUGGCUAUAUUUGCAUCAAGAGCGAGCUCUGGCGUAUGCUGGCAUCCGGGAUGCUUUGCCUGCUCUACGUGCAGAGAACUGCUGGUAGAUUUGAUUUACUUUUACCAUGAAGGAAAGAUCCACUGUGGAAGACACCAUGCUGAGUUACUCAAACCUCGCUGCUCCGCAUGUGAUGAGAUCAUUUUUGCUGAUGAAUGCACAGAGGCAGAGGGCCGGCAUUGGCACAUGAAGCACUUCUCUUGUUUUGAAUGUGAAACAAUUCUGGGAGGGCAGCGAUACAUCAUGAAGGAUGGCAGACCGUACUGCUGUGGCUGCUUCGAGUCUCUCUAUGCCGAAUACUGUGAGGCCUGUGGAGAACACAUAGGUGUUGAUCACGCCCAAAUGACCUAUGACGGUCUCCACUGGCAUGCCACUGAGAGUUGCUUCAGCUGUGCCCAGUGUAAGAGUCCUCUACUUGGUUGCCCCUUCCUACCAUACCAUGGUCACAUUUACUGCUCCAAAGCCUGCACUGUCGGAGAAGACGUGCAUGCCUCAGACUCUUCUGAUUCCGCCUUCCAAUCAGCACAUUCACGUGAAACUCGCUGCAGCGUGCGCACAGGCAAGAGCAGUCGCUCUGCCGACCAAUGUCGUCAGUCUCUCCUCUUCUCACCAACCGUCAACUAUAAAUUCCAGGGCCUCAGUGGAAACGCCGACGACACCCUGACCAACAAGAUUGCUCAUAUGAACUUCUCAGAGGAUCAUUUAUGGAGGGGGCACGGUGAUGAGACUGAGGCCGUGGUAGACCAGGAAGAAGAGUGGGCCGAGCAUGAAGACUACAUGACUCAGCUGCUCUUGAAGUUUGGCGAGCAUGGAGUCUUCCAGCAAGCAAAUGACUCCCGACCCACCAAUUUCUGGAUUGCAGAAAAAGAUGCCAAGAAGCAGGAGCCCUCAAAAAGUGGCAGUAGUGGGAGUGGGGGGAAAAGAGGUUUGGUCAAUAAGAAGUACCAAGAUGACAUGUACUGGGCACAGUCGCAGGAUGGGUUAGGGGACUCUGCUUAUGGUAGUCAUCCAGGUCCGGCAAGCAGCAGGAAAAUCCAGGAGUUAGAGUUGGAUCAUGCAGCUGGAGGAGGCCUAAACGGGGAGGAGCCACAGUGGUACACAGACUCUUUGGAGUGCAUAACAGAUGAGUUCAAGAAGACUGAUAAAGGUGUCCAUGACUCCAUAGAGUCCCUUGCUUUGUCCAAUAUUACUGGUGCCUCUGUUUGCGGCGACUAUAUAGCUCGACCUCAAGUAUACUCUUUGCAAGGCCUCCAUGAAUUUGAGACAGAAGACUGUGAGAAAAGCAGCAAUAUGGGUACGCUCAAUUCCUCCAUGUUACAUCGAAGUUCAAAUUCCCUAAAGAGCCUGGAGCAGGAGGAUGUGGUGGAAACCGCUGCAGAAGACCACGAAACUCCUCUGCAGAACAGGCCGAAACCACACGUCCCUGCCAUAAGGAGAGCACGCUCCCAGUCUCGACCUCAGCAAGUCAAAUUCUCAGACGAUGUGGUGGACAACGGGCGUUACUGCGAUCUGCCACUGCGCCAGCCCCCUAUGAGUGAGCGGACUCGUCGUAGGGCGUGCCACUUUGAGGAGCAGGGCCUCCAGUCGGGUCGUCCUAACCACCAGCACAGGAGGCGUCGAAGUCGCAAGUCCCGUUCUGAAAACGCUCUCAACCUUUUGCCCAAGGAGAGAGAACAAACAAACUACAAAGUGGCUCAUAAAGGAGGCGCCCUUGGAUCAAAGGGGUAUCACUUCCUCCACGGUCACCCCAAUGCUGCCGCCAUGUCAGACUACAGACAAGGCCAAGCAAUAGGGAGCUUUUUGGGCCUGUAUGGCGACGAAGACGACUGGUGUUCUACUUGUUCGUCAUCUUCAUCUGAUUCUGAAGAAGAGGGCUUUUUCUUGGGGCAGCCCAUUCCUCAGCCCAGACCCGAAAGACACUACUAUACCGAUGACCUUUCUAGCUGUAAAGCCGGCAUGUUUUCUCUUCCUCAUGACCAAUGGACAAAGUCCAAAAAGAAAAAAGGCCGUAAAGGGAAAAACUGCAUCAUUUCUUAGGCUGUACCAUCUUGGUAUUUUGUGUUAUGCCUACACUCACAAAUCUCCUUUGUGUACUGUUAAACUUGCAAUUCAAGCUCGCUUGCUAAACCUUGUAAUGCCUAGUUUACAAAGCCAGUUGUUUAGGACAAACCACGUCUGUUUGGCAUUACAAACUGCUGAUCAACUAUUUUAGAAAAGCGUAUUUAUAAAAACCCAAUCUAAACCAUGUUUAUUUAACAGCUAUGGAAUUGUGUAUAUACUGUAGAACAGAAAGAAGGAAAAAAUGAAAAGGAAAGACUAAAUGGCUAUUUUUGUAUCCUUAAGAUGCUUUUAACUGUAACUAUUCACAGCUGGUGCAGAUCUGUUUUUAUCUCAGUGCCGGUUAAUGAAACGAAAAACUGCCUGUGACUCCAGCCCUUCAAGUGCUGUCGUUGUCAUUAGAGCACUCUGUUGGGCGCUAUAUUUGUUGGUCAUUGUACUUAAAGCAAAUCAGUGUAACUUGCAUAAAUGUACAAACUGGAAUAUAAAAACCAAAACAGGUGAUGGCAGUAAUAAAAUAUCUAAGUAUGUGUGUCUA